CGCAGCUUCAAGAGUGGUCGAUAUCGACUUGGUAAGAGCAUCCAGCAAUGCUGGAAGGGUUGCUGGUGCCGCCAUUAUUGCUGUGGGAGGCAGUAGAUGGAUGGGUGCAGAACAGACGAAUUGGAUGAACAAAAUCUUUUGCGACUCUGAGGCCCCACCUCGAAACUUUUUUGUGGGGCCGCUGUCUCUCUGACCCCGGUAACAAAGACAUAGACGGCUUAUCGAUUUGCCUUAUCUCCAUCCGAGGAUUCUCCGACUCGCAACUGCCAUGCAGUACCAAGACCGACCUGACGAACAAGGCAGCCGUUCACGACCACCCCAAGCUGCUGUUGGCCAGCUGUUCUGACUUGUCGGAAGCUUCGAAAGCUGCGACACUAUUUUUCUUUUUUUUUCUUUUUUAGACUUGCCCACCUUUCAAUGCCUCCGAUGACCCUCCCAUGAUUUCCCAACUAUUCUGCAUGAGACAUUCUUCGUUAUAAGGCUGAACCCGCGGACGGGUAGCAGACGGCUCGUUUCCCACUUCCAGUCGCACCACAGAUUACACAUACGAAACCACAAUGCAACUGCGAAGCCACGCGCCCUCAGGGGCAACGCUCUUGAUCUCCUUACUCGCCCUUCCCCAACUCACAUCAGCUUUCUACCUUCCAGGUGUUGCGCCGACCUCAUACAAGCAGGAUGACGCCGUACCACUCUACGUCAACGCGAUUCGACCAGUCGGCGAUGCAGAUUCAGUAUUACAUUCAGUAUUAUCAUGGGACUACUACCACCCAACAUUUCAGUUCUGCGCGCCAGAAGGGGGAGGGCAACCUGUGGGGGAGAGCUUGGGAAGCAUCUUGUUUGGAGACAGAAUCAAAACAUCGGCCUUCGAGCUCAAGAUGAAGCACAACGAAACCUGCAAGAAGCAGUGCGAGGUGACAUACGGAAAGAACGCGGCCCAGUUCAUAAACCAGCAGAUUCAAGAAGGUGUCAGUCUCAACUGGCUGGUGGAUGGGCUUCCGGCAGGCCAGAAGACAAUCGAUGUCUUGUCCAACACUGAGUUUACGAACCCCGGUUUCCUGUUGGGCGAGCAGCUAGACGAUGGCCGAAUCAAGUUCAACAACCACUACGACAUCGUUAUCGAGUAUCACGAGGUCAACGGAAACAACGGCCAGUACCGUGUUGUCGGCGUCAUUGUCCAGCCCGAGUCGAGGAAGUACACUGGCGAGAUCGGCCCGGACACUUGCAACACAGCACCGGACAUCGUCGAGCUGAGCGAGACAGGCGACACCAAGGUGCGGUUCACCUACAGCGUAUACUGGAUCGAGUCUACGACUGCUUGGGCCACCAGAUGGGACAAGUACCUCCAUGUGUACGACCCCAAGAUUCAGUGGUUCUCCCUCAUCAACUCGUCUGUUAUUGUCAUCUUCCUCGUCCUAACUGUCAUGUCCGUCUUGGUCCGGGCUCUGAAGAAGGACAUUGCGCGGUACAACCGUUUGGAUCAGAUCAACCUCGAUGACCUGUCUGGAACUUCUGUGCUGGAAGAUGGCGUGCAGGAGGACUCCGGCUGGAAGCUCGUCCAUGGCGACGUCUUCCGCAAUCCUUCCCACCCACUCCUCCUCUCCGUAUUCUUGGGCAACGGCACCCAGCUCUUCGUCAUGGCUGGCUUCACCAUUGCCUUUGCCCUGCUAGGCUUCCUCUCCCCGUCCAACCGCGGUUCUCUCGGCACCAUCAUGGUCCUCCUUUACACGGUUUUGGGCUUUGUCGGUGGCUACACCUCUGCUCGCAUGUACAAGUCGCUCCAUGGCGAGAAGUGGAAGCUCAACAUCAUCCUGACUCCUCUCUUGGUGCCUGGGAUCGUCUUCGCCGUCUUCUUUCUGCUCGACCUCUUCCUGUGGGCCGAGGAGUCAUCCGGCGCCGUGCCAUUUACCACCAUGCUCGUGCUCAUCUUCAUUUGGUUCCUCAUCAGUGUUCCCCUUUCGUUCGCUGGCUCCUGGCUUGCCUUCCGCGCACCCGCGAUCGAACCUCCUGUGCGCACCAACCAGAUUCCUCGCCAGAUCCCGCCAGUCACCACAUAUCUCAAGCCCAUUCCCAGCAUGCUUCUCGUUGGUCUGCUUCCCUUUGGCGCCAUCUUCGUGGAGCUUUACUUUAUUAUGACGUCGAUCUGGUUCAGCCGGAUCUACUACAUGUUUGGGUUCUUGUUUCUGUGCUACGGCUUGAUGAUCAUCACUUGCGCCGCCGUCACCGUGCUGCUGGUUUACUUCUUGCUAUGCGCUGAGAACUACAACUGGCAGUGGAGGGCUUUCUUGGCUGCUGGUACAAGCGGUGGGUAUAUCUUCCUCAACGCCCUCAUCUACUGGGUCACCAAGCUGUCUUUGAGCGGGUUUGCGGGAAGUGUGUUGUACAUUGGGUACAGCGCCUUGAUUUCCUUUUUGUUCUUCAUCCUGACUGGCACCAUCGGAUAUUUUGCCAGCUGGCUGUUUGUGCGCAAGAUUUACUCUUCCAUCAAGAUUGACUAGACUGGGUUCAUACUGGAUAUCGAAGGGGCGGCAGAUAAAGAGUGGAAGACGGUUUAGCGGGCGGCAUUAUUUGUGUUUUUUUUUUGUUUUUUUUCGGUGACAAUGGAAAGAGAAAAGCAACAGGAGAAAUGGAAGAAACGGUUUGGAUUUUCCUGCCUCAAGAUCAUUUUGACUAGCAGUUAGGUUCUGUUUGUACUACUAUUGUUUCUUGUGGGGUGUGUUAGGCCUGGGGGUUGGGGUUGUGGACGGAUGAGCAGUUGGCGAAAGACGUUGUUUCAAUUGUGUUGACUUUUUUUGUAUCAUCACAUCAUUCAAUAACUAUUGGGUAUCAUUUUGUGUUGCCAAAAGGAUCUGUCCAUACUAUUCGGUAUCAUCUCUCCUCAUUUGGCUUGACAUUCCAAAGUCCAACAGCUGAGCUAGCAAAGCAAUUUACAAAAGUCGCAAGGG